AUGGUUUUUGAAGCCUCCAAAGCAACCUCUUAUUUGAAAGAUUACCCUAAAAAAGAUGGUUUAUCAGUCAAAGAAUUGAUUGAUUCUACUAAUUUUGGUGGGUUAACUUAUAACGAUUUCUUAGUAUUACCAGGUUUAAUCAAUUUCCCUAGUUCAGCUGUUUCAUUAGAAACCAAAUUGACUAAAAAAAUCACUUUGAAGUCACCAUUUGUUUCAUCACCAAUGGAUACUGUUACUGAAGAAAAUAUGGCUAUUCAUAUGGCAUUAUUGGGUGGUAUUGGUAUAAUUCAUCAUAACUGUACUGCUGAUGAACAAGCAGAAAUGGUUAGAAAAGUUAAAAAAUACGAAAAUGGAUUUAUUAAUGAUCCAGUUGUCAUUUCUCCUGAAGUAACCGUUGGAGAAGUUAAAAAAAUGCAUGAAACUUUGGGGUUCACUUCUUUCCCUGUUACUGAAAAUGGUAAAGUUGGUGGUAAAUUAGUUGGUAUUAUCACUUCUCGUGAUAUUCAAUUCCACGAGGAUGACAAAUCACCAGUUUCUGAAGUCAUGACUAGAGAUUUGGUUGUUGGUAAAAAAGGUAUUUCAUUAACCGAUGGUAAUGAAUUGUUAAGAUCUUCUAAAAAAGGUAAAUUACCAAUUGUUGAUGAUGAAGGUAAUUUGGUAUCUUUGAUUUCUCGUACUGAUUUACAAAAGAAUCAAGAUUACCCAAAUGCUUCAAAAUCAUUCCAUUCUAAACAAUUAUUAUGUGGUGCUGCCAUUGGUACCAUUGAUGCUGAUAAAGAAAGAUUGGACAAAUUAGUGGAAGCUGGAUUAGAUGUUGUUGUAUUAGAUUCAUCUAAUGGUUCAUCAAUUUUCCAAUUGAACAUGAUCAAAUGGAUCAAAGAAAAAUACCCAGAAUUACAAGUUAUUGCCGGUAAUGUUGUCACUAGAGAACAAGCAGCAUUAUUGAUUGAAGCUGGUGCCGAUGCCUUGAGAAUUGGUAUGGGUUCUGGUUCUAUUUGUAUCACUCAAGAAGUCAUGGCUUGUGGUAGACCUCAAGGUACUGCUGUUUAUGGCGUCACUGAAUUUUCCAACAAAUUUGGUGUUCCAUGUAUUGCUGAUGGUGGUAUUGGUAACAUUGGUCAUAUCACUAAAGCUUUAGCUUUGGGUGCUUCUUGUGUUAUGAUGGGUGGUUUAUUGGCUGGUACUGCCGAAACACCAGGUGAUUACUUCUAUAGAGAUGGUAAAAGAUUAAAGACUUAUAGAGGUAUGGGUUCCAUCGAUGCCAUGCAACAAACCAGCUCCAGUGCCAAUGCUUCUACAUCAAGAUAUUUCUCGGAAGCUGAUAAAGUAUUGGUUGCACAAGGUGUUUCCGGUUCAGUUGUUGAUAAAGGAUCCAUUACUAAGUUUGUUCCAUACUUGUACAAUGGGUUACAACACUCUUUACAAGAUAUUGGUAUUAAAUCGAUUGAUGAAUUGAGACAAAACGUUGAUAACGGUGAAGUUAGAUUUGAAUUUAGAACCGCUUCAGCCCAAUUUGAAGGGGGUGUUCAUGGUUUACACUCUUAUGAAAAGAGAUUACACAACUAA